AUGCAAUAUAGAUUCGUUGAUAAUUAUCAUGUCCAUGUAGACAAAAAUACCAGCAAAGUUUUCAAACCCUUUGCUCAACCUAUCCGAAUUGAAUUAUUAAUUGCCCUUUCGGACAAAAUCACUCCAACAAAAUCAAAAAAAUCCACUCAAUCAACUAUUGAAUUUAUCUCGCACUUGAAUCACUGUGGACUUUGUAAAACUACAAACCAUUCCAGAUUUCGGUGCCCACACAACUCUUGUGUCAUUUGCCAUCAGAUUGAUCACACAGGACCAAAAUGUCCCGACAGAUUAAAAAAAAGAAGCAACAAUGAUGAACAACCAUCCAAUGAUACACGUGAAAACUUAAAUGGAAAUGCAUCAGAAACCACAGAGGAUGACUCCACUUCUGAAACGACUCAUCAAUCUCACAACGAACAACCAAAAAAGAAUGUCACUAUUGAUGAAACACAAAACAAACAUUACACUAUCCCUGAUGCUGAUGGCUUUCAGAGACCUUUAUCAGCCAAUGAAAAAAAAGCUCUUCUUAGAGAACAACAAAACACAAAUGGCCCAGCCAAAUCUCAACAAACCGCUACUAAGCCAAACAACGGUCCCAAGACUAUUUUAAAAAGGAAUGCUCAUUCUACCACUUUACCUCCCUCAGAAACAAAUCAACAACCAUCUGAAAACAAUACUACUACUAACACUGUCUCCUCCACUGAACCAUUAGUAAGUCAAUGGUCAGAGACGAAUAUCAACAACAACAACCACAAUCUGGAACCCUCAACAAGUUCCACAACCUCUGGACAUGAAAAUGAUUCUGAUGAUUCAAAUGAUUUGGAUUAUAAAAUAUCAGAAGACACUGAUAAUUCCUCUGAUAAUUCUUACAAUUCAUCAAAUGAUUCUAUGGAUGAUGAUGUAGAAAUGGAAGAAGAGGGUUUACCUGAAAGUGGAAACCUACCAGCGCAUCAUUCAUCAACCGACCCACCUGAAGGAUCCAUGGACUUGGAUCCAACAACAACUCCUAACCAAUAUUAA